AUGUCUACAAAGAAGUUUAGUAGUGUAAUUUGGAAUUAUUUUGUGAUAAUAAAUGAUGAAUGUGCAAAGUGUAAAAUUUGUGAUGGAAAGUAUUCUCGUAAGGGUAAAGGCACAACUUCCUUAAAAAAUCAUUUACAAAGAAAACAUCCUCAAGAAUAUAAAUUAUUCUUUAAAGAAGACUCUGCUAAGAAGAGUAUCGACGAAAUAUCACGGCCGGGAACAUCUUCACAAACGGUAAAAAGAGAAUUUAAACAAACUUUUUUUAAAGAAUACAUGGAAAAAGCUAAAAUGUGGGAUAAUACAAACCACAAAUCUAUAAAAAUAGACUAUUUGAUUGCUGAAAUGUUAGCUUUAUCAGAUCUACCUUUUCAACACGUAGAAGAAUUAGGGUUCCGCCGAUUGAUGGACCAUAUUGUUCCAAAUUAUGUUUUAAAAGGUAGAAAGUAUUUUACGGACCUUGUUUGUAGUGAGCUGUACGAUAAAGUGUCAUUAAAAAUAAAAGACAUGUUACAAGAUUUUGAAAAAGUUUCCUUCACGUCAGAUAUCUGGUCUGACUCUUCAUCAGGAGUUUCAUUGUUAUCCUUAACAUGUCAUGGUAUUACUAAAGAUUUUCAACGAAAACAUAUCGUUUUGAAAGCGGAAGUUCUUGAAGAACGUCACACGGGAGAUUAUAUUUCGGAAAUAUUUCAAAGUAUGUUAGAAGAAUGGGGAAUUUUGAAACAAAAUGUGCACUGUAUGGUAAGAGAUGGGGGAUCCAAUAUGAAGCGCGCCUGUUAUUUAUCUGAAGUACAUAGUAUCGACUGUACAGCACAUCAGUUACAUUUGGUGGUUAAAAAUGCAAUACAAAAAGUUAAUGAAAUUUCCAUAUUACUUACAAAAUGUAGGAAAAUUGCUGGACAUUUCAAUCAUUCCACGAUGGCAAAGCAAGAAUUAGAAAAAAUACAAGUUCGACUCAAUCAAAAAGUUCUAAAAGUUUUACAAGACUCACCAACACGCUGGAAUUCCAGCUAUUAUAUGUUGGAAAGACUUGAUUGCAUCAAGGAGUCGUUGUCGCUUUAUUCUUCUAAUAAUAAAAUAGAACAAUUUGAUGCCGAUGAC